AUGGAGCUUCGCUGCGGCCGCAUAGGGGGCCAGGCUGUGAGGCGGAUGAUGGAUGGGGACACCCGAGAUGGCGGCGGCGGCAGCAAGGACACCGGGUUGGAGGAGUAUGAGAACCUGCCGCCCAGCGUCUCCUUAUCCACCCACAUGACAGCCGGAGCGAUGGCCGGGAUCCUGGAGCACUCGAUUAUGUACCCGGUAGACUCAGUGAAGACACGAAUGCAGAGUCUGCACCCAGAUCCCAAAGCCCAGUACACAAGUGUCUAUGGAGCCCUGAAGAAAAUUGUACGGACUGAAGGCUUCUGGAGGCCGCUGCGAGGCAUCAACGUGAUGGUGAUGGGUGCGGGGCCCGCCCACGCCAUGUAUUUUGCCAGCUAUGAGAAUGUGAAAAGGACUUUAAAUGAUGUGUUCCACCAACGAGGAAACAGCCACAUAGCCAAUGGGAUAGCUGGGAGUAUGGCCACCCUGCUCCACGAUGCAGUAAUGAAUCCAGCAGAAGUCGUGAAGCAGCGCAUGCAGAUGUACAACUCACCGCACCGGUCAGCCCUCAGCUGCAUCCGGACAGUGUGGCAGACUGAGGGGCUGGGGGCCUUCUACCGGAGUUACACCACCCAGCUGACCAUGAACAUCCCCUUCCAGGCCAUCCAUUUCAUCACCUACGAAUUCCUGCAGGAGCAAGUCAAUCCUCGCCGCGAAUACAAUCCCCCGUCCCACAUCAUCGCAGGCGGGUUGGCUGGGGCCAUUGCUGCGGCCGCCACCACGCCCCUGGACGUCUGUAAGACCCUUCUCAACACACAGGAACACGUGGCGCUCUCUCUGGCCAACAUCAGCGGUCGCCUGUCAGGCAUGGUCAACGCCUUCCGGACAGUGUACCAGAUCAAUGGCCUGUCCGGCUACUUCAAAGGCAUACAGGCACGUGUCAUCUACCAGAUGCCGUCCACGGCCAUUUCAUGGUCUGUGUAUGAGUUCUUUAAGUACUUCCUCACCAAGCACCAACUGGAGAAUCGAACUCCAUACUAA